AUGAAGAAUCCAACAAUAGUUCUUCUAUUGAUAAUUUGUGGCAUGUUAUUCUCCUCCGCGGCCGCGGGCCCCACCGGAACAUGGUCCAACACCGUCCGCCGAGGAAGGAAGCAGACAACGACGCUUCAUUUCUACGUGCAUGACGUCCGAGGUGGUCCGAACGCCACCUUGUUCGCCGUCGCUAGCGCUCCCAUCACCGCGAAUUCUCCGACGAGGUUCGGCCAAAUCAAUGUCUUCGACGACCUCGCCACGGCUCAGCCGGACAUCAACUCGCCGGAGGUGGCUAGGGUGCAAGGAACCACCACCUCCGCGGACCUCCGGGUUCGGGCGAUCGCCAUGAACGUCAAUUUCUUCAUAACGGCGGGAGAGUUCAACGGCAGCGCCGUCAGCGUCAUUGGCCGGAAUGCGGUGACGGAGGAUGAACGCGAGCUGUCGGUGGCCGGCGGCACCAAGGCUUUCAGGAAUGCUCGUGGAUAUGCGAUCACCAAGUCUUAUUCCAAUGAUCCGGCCACGAAUUAUAGUGUCAUUGAAUACACGAUUUAUGUGACAACUAGAGUUUGA